AUGAUUAAUAGUCAAGAAGAAUUACAACCUGUUUGUAAUAAGAUGAAACUAUUUAUAACUUUUGAUUUUAUACCUAAAUUAUUACGAUGCAUUACAUUUUAUAUACGAAACUGUAUCGACAAAGUCGUACAUUAUCAAAAAGACAUAAUAACGAGACGAUUAAAAAGAAGAAAAAAACGACUUUUUGAAGGUUGUAAUUAUAGAGGCAAAAACAUUAAAUGUAAAUGUGAUUGUAACAGGUGCACUAAAUACAGAAAUAUUCAUAGCCGUAUUUUAGAAACUGGUUUUAUGUCAAACAUUUGCAAUAAUCGGCCAACUAAAAAUGAAAUAUUAAAUACUACGAUUGACAAUAAUUUCAUAUGUUGUACAGACAAGGAUCAAGUUCGUUCGUGGACCUUGGAGCACACACAACCACAGGAUCACAGAGACGUGUAUUUUAUCAUCUACUUUUCAUACUUAUUCUUUACAUGGAUCGCCUGUUUGACAGCAAAAUUUAUUUUUCACAUAAACUGGACAGCUUCCAGCAGUAGUUACAAGUGUUCUUUAUUAAAUGUUCCAAUAAAACUUUAAAAACCAUAAUCCUUUAAUGAUAAAUUUCAUUAGAAAUUCAGUUUUUUGCAUUAAGUUUGAUAAUGAGCGUUCGAAGAGCGCUUUUGCCAAUUAAAAAGAUAACGAUCAACGAAAUACGGUGACGAUAUUUGAAGGAAAGCUCUCGAUCGUUCGGAUGGCUGGGCAUGGUGGACGAAAAUGCAGCAAAGUGCAGCGUGCAUGCCGUUGCUGCAACAUGGCACAACAAUCCCAACCAAAUCCGUAUGUUCAUCGUCAAAUUCUUGUUCCUAUUUCGAAUCUUGUAAUACGUUGACGGAAUUAAAUGAGGAGAUGGAUGAAAUGCAAACGAAUAACUCGACAAUUACUGAAGUUAUCAGCAAAUUUUCAAAGCAUCCAAGUGCAGCCAAAUGUUCACAGUCACCUUAUGAAGUUUCUAAAUCGGAUUCCAAGAUUGAAUUCGGCCGAGAUAAGAAGUAAGUGUGUAUGCGUGAGUGUAUGAUUCAGAUGUGAAGAAUGUUAUUACAUACAAUAUAAAAUCGAAUCAUUCCGUUA